AUGGUUCACCUCGCCCCGCGCCACGACCACCCGCCCGCGCGGCUCCCCGCUCCACAACCGCGCCCGCCGCCGUCGCUGGCCUCGCUGCUGCUCGCCGCGGUCGCGUCCUCGCCGUCCCUCCCGCACCUCCGCCACCUACACGGCCUCCUCGUCCGCCUCCACCUCCCUCCACCCUCCACCCCGUUCCUCCUCUCCCGCCUGCUCCGCCGCCUCGCCGCGCUCCCGCUCCCGCUCCCGCUCCCACCCACGCCCACGCCGCUCCGCUACGCGGUCGCCGUCUUCUCCUCGCUCUCGCCGCCGGACCCGUUCCUUGCCGCGGCGCUGCUCCGCUUCGCGCACCUCACGCAGCCGCCGCUGGAGACCUUCCGCGUCUUCUCCGGCCUCCGCGGCGCUGCUCCGCUUCGCGCACCUCACGCAACCGCCGCUGGAGACCUUCCGCGUCUUCUCCGGCCUCCGCCGCGCGCACGGCCGCGACCUCCCGUUCGCCUUCUCCCCGCUCGCCAAGUGUUCGAUGAAAUGGUGGUGAAGGAUGUCAUUUCGUGGACGAGCAUUGUGGCGGCGUAUUCUAGAAGCCGUGAUAUGGGUUCGGCUGAGGAGGUGUUUGCGCUCUGCCCGGUUAAGGAUAUGGUGGCGUGGACGGCGAUGGUGACGGGGUAUGCGCAGAAUGCCAUGCCAGUGAAGGCGCUCGAGGCGUUUGAGCAGAUGGCGGGGGCCGGGAUGCCCAUUGAUGAAGUUUCACUCACCGGUGCUAUCUCAGCCUGUGCUCAGCUCGGUGCGGUGAGGCGAGCCGCCUGGGUUCAGGAAAUUGCAGAACGGAGUGGUCUUGGGAGGAGUGUGGUUGUCGGGUCGGGGUUGGUGGACAUGUAUGCCAAGUGCGGUCUCAUUGACGAGGCGCGCAGGGUUUUUGAAGGGGUGCAAGAGAAGAACGUGUAUACCUAUAGCUCAAUGAUUGUUGGCCUAGCAUCGCACGGGAGGGCCAAUGAUGCAAUUGCUUUGUUCAAGGACAUGGUUAGGAGGGCAGAUGUGGAACCCAACCAUGUUACCUUCAUUGGAGUAUUGACAGCCUGCAGCCAUGCGGGGAUGGUAAAAGAAGGGCGCUACUACUUUGCGCAGAUGAAGGACAGGUAUGGGAUAUUGCCUUCCGCAGACCACUACGCUUGUAUGGUUGAUUUGCUUGGUCGGGCUGGAUUGGUGAUUGAAGCCCUUGACCUUGUGAAAUCAAUGACCGUGGAGCCUCAUGGUGGUGUCUGGGGGGCACUUUUAGGGGCUUGCCGAAUCCAUGGAAAUACUGAAGUCGCUAAGGUUGCAGCUGAACAUCUUUUUAAGCUUGAGCCAGAGGGCAUAGGGAACUACGUGUUGUUAUCAAAUACACUUGCAUCAGCAGGAGAAUGGGAUGAGGUCUUGAAGGUUAGGAAACUGAUGAGAAUUCGGGGGCUGAAAAAGGAUCCUGCAGUGAGCUGGUUUGAAGGCCGUGAUGGUUGUGUGCAUCAGUUCUUUGCUGGUGAUAACACGCACCCAUGGAUGCAUGAAAUAAAGAAAACAUUAUUGGAGCUACGGGCAAAACUGAAGCUUGCAGGUUAUGUGCCAAUCCUUAGUUCAGUUGUUUAUAAUGUAAGCGAGGAAGAGAAAGAAAGAUUGGUGUCAAAAGUUGAGCACAUCGAGAUUAUAGUCAGGGACAAUAUGAGAUUUCAUCACUUCAGAGAUGGAGAAUGCUCAUGCGGCGGAUUCUGGUGA